AGCAGCUGCAAAUUCACAUUUCAAAAUCUUCUUUCAAAUGAAAAUCCACAGUAGAAAAUUAUUCGUACUAAUAAAUAAUGAUGAAGAGUACCAUCCAAAGAGGAAUCACACUACUACUGCGGUACCAGUGUCUUCAACUUCAAAGCUUGAAUCAUCUGAUGGUGCAAACAUUGAUGAUUCAGCAGAAACACCACCAACAAAACCCGGGUUGCCAUCACCAACACUGGGGUUUGAUACAUCUAUGGCUUUGACGGUUUUAGUUCUUCUAACAGCUCUUUUCUUCAUGGUUUUCUUCUCUAUGUAUCUUCGACGUUUCGCUGCUGAUGAUCAAAACUCGUUAGAGAUUUCAGCUCGUCGUAGAAGACAAUUACACCGAAGAAGCAACAACAAUAGUAGACUAUCUACUUCAACAUCUUCCUCAUCAAAUUCAUUGUCGGUUAGGAGUAACCGACAAGCAGGUUUAGAUUCGUUAACUGUUAAAUCUCUUCCUAUGUUUGCGUAUGAACAUGGAGAUUCAUCAUCAAAAGGAGAAGCAGCAGAAGAAUCCCUUGAUUGUGUGGUUUGUUUGAGUGAAUUCGAAGAGAGAGAAACUGUCAAGAUGAUUCCAUAUUGUGGACACGUGUUUCAUCCAGAAUGUAUAGACACGUGGUUCUCUUCUCACGUGUCGUGUCCUCUUUGCCGUUCCACAAAAUUGUUCAGUCCCACUUCAACAACCAAGAACAAGAAAAACCAUGAUGAUGAUAGUAUCAUUAUGAUAGACAAACAAUCUCAUGACCGUCAUCAGCAGCAUCAGAUUGUGGAGGAUGCAGUUGAGAGAUCAAUGAUCAGAAAUGACGAUACAUGUGUAAUGCCAGACAGGGGAUUAGAAGGUUCAUCACAUAUGACAAGGAAUAGUAGCUGGCCAAAGAUGCAAAUUGACAAGGGUUCAACACCAGCAUUAACAAGAAGCUCGAGCUUUUAACCCAGGGUUUCUUGCAUUGGGUAGUAGCCAGGUAGUUAG